AGGUCCUAACAAAACAAAACAUAACAGGAGUAGGUGUUUUGGUUUUGGUCCUUGUCCAAGGAGAAGAGCGCCUAUAAAUCCUGCUGGCAUCUUCAUUGUCGCCACCAAGCGAGCUCCAGUUCCUGUCGCUGACCAGUGUUUCCUUCUGUAUAUAUACAUGGACGGACACACGCACACAUCCUCCACCGCGGCAAUCUACAACCCAUCCAUCUCCCCGGCCGAAGCCGAAGCCGAAGCCGAAGCCAAAGAGAACACCAGUGGAAGGGAGGGGAAAAAAAAAACGCCGGGAAAAGCAGGAUUAGGAAGGUGCGCGGCAAAAUCAAAAAAAUCAAACGCCCAAAUUCCACCCAGUGCCCGCCCGAGAUUAGGAAUUGCGUGGUCCGGCUCCAGUGGCUGAGCGGGAGGCGUAUUUAGCGACACACAAAACAGGGUCAUUGCCGCCUAAUAAUCAGGAUCCUGAUCCUGGCGCCUGGCGUAUUACCCUCAUGACCACCCUCGCUAAUCGGAUUAUUACCGCCACAAUCCUGCGCCGAGGAGGAGCGCCCGCCACUUCUUCCCGCCGCCGCCCAUUGCGGAUCUGCCGCCCGCCAAUGACCUCUUCUCCUACUUCUUCCUCCUCCUCGUCUUGCUCAUCCUCGUCCUCCUCCGGCUGCGGCGGCGGCGGAUCGGGCUGGGGGGAGGAGGAUGCCAGGACGAGGCUGGUGGUGAUCGUGGGCGCCACCGGCACCGGGAAGACCAAGCUGUCCAUCGACGCCGCGCGGGCGCUGGGCGGCGAGGUCGUCAACGCCGACAAGAUGCAGCUCUACCAGGGCCUCGACGUCACCACCAACAAGGUGCCCAUCGCCGACCGCCGCGGCGUCGCGCACCACCUCCUCGGCGCCGUCCCGCCCGAGGCCGGCGCGCUCCCGCCCUCCUCCUUCCGCCCCCUCGCCGCCGCCGCGGUCGCCUCGAUCGCGGCCAGGGGGCUCCUGCCCGUCGUCGCCGGCGGCUCCAACUCCCUCAUCCACGCGCUCCUCGCCGACCUCCCCGACGAGGACGACGCCGCCGCCGCGGUCCCCGACGACCCCUUCUCCCUGGACGCGGACUGCGGCUACCGCCCCGCGCUCCGGUUCCCGUGCUGCCUCCUCUGGGUGGACGUCGAGGAGGCGCUGCUCGCCGAGUACCUGGACCGGCGGGUGGACGACAUGGUGGGCGCCGGCAUGGUGGAGGAGCUCCGGGAGUACUUCGCGGCCACCACCGCCGCGGAGCGCGCCGCGCACGCCGCCGGGCUGGGCAAGGCCAUCGGCGUGCCCGAGCUGGGCGAGUACCUCGCCGGGCGAAGGAGCUUCCGUUCCGCCGUCGACGACAUCAAGGCCAACACCCGGCGCCUGGCCAUCGCGCAGGUGUCCAAGAUCCGGCGCAUGGCCGACGGCUGGGGCUGGCCCGUGCGCCGCCUCGACGCCUCCGCCACCAUCCGCGCGCGGCUCGCCGGCGCCGGCCCGGCCGCCGAGUCGGCCUCCUGGGAGCGCGACGUCCGCGGCCCCGGCCUCGCCGCCAUCCGGGCCUUCCUCGCCGACCAGGCCUCCCGCCGUCACGGCGAUGACGCCACCGCGGCUACCAAGCCGCCGACGCCGCCGCUGCUGAUGCGGCUGCCACGGAUGCAAUGCUGCGACAUGAUGGUGUGAGCCGCCGCCGCUGCUGCUGCUUUUCCGGAUGGGGGAGAUGGACGGAAGGCUUUCGGAGGCGGAGGGUUUUGAUCUUUUGGAAGGCCGCCGAAUUUUCAGAGGGUCCCGGCGGCGCCCGCUCUCCGACACCGCCCGGUGGGGCCACGAGCACGUAGAUCGACCGCAGAGACAGGAGAGAGAGAUAGGCGAGUGUAAAAAGUGACAGCAAGAGAAUUGGUUGUGUGUAAGUUAUUACUGAUUACUGAAGGACGAGUGAGUGAGUGAGUGAAUUCUAUUUUUUUUUUGCGGAAGGAGUGAAUUCUUUACUUAACUGCGCCAGACACUGUAUGUAGUCGUCAUGUCAUAGUACUCCUACGUACGUACUCCUUCACUAAUCCACUCCACUCCGUUCAAAAUUUGAAAUAUAUGGGAUGGGACCCUGGCCUA